AUGAGCAAACCCGGGGAUUAUGGCGCCGUCCGCAAGGACAUCAUUGCUCAGUUGAAGAAACCCGACUAUGACGACGGCAGCGCAGGUCCCGUAUUCGUACGACUCGCAUGGCACUCCGCAGGUACAUAUGACCUCGAAACCGACACCGGCGGCUCCAACGGCGCAGGCAUGCGCUACGAAGCCGAAGGCGGCGACCCCGCCAACGCCGGCCUCCAGCACGGCCGCGCCUUCCUCGAGCCCGUCAAGGAGAAACACCCCUGGAUCACAUACGCCGACCUGUGGACACUAGCCGGCGUGGUCGCCAUCGAGGCGCUGGGCGGCCCCAAGAUUGUCUGGAAGCCCGGCCGGACGGACCUCGUCGACGACUCCAAGGUUCCCCCGCGCGGCCGGCUGCCCGACGCCGCACAGGGCGCCGAGCACCUCCGCGCCGUGUUCUACCGGAUGGGCUUCAACGACCAGGAGAUCGUGGCGCUAGCGGGCGGACAUACCCUCGGCCGAUGCCACAUCGACCGCAGCGGGUUCCAGGGUCCGUGGGUGAACAACCCGACACGGUUCUCGAACCAGUUCUUCAAUCUGCUGCUGAAGUUGGACUGGAAGCCGAAGACGCUGCCGAACGGGAUCAGCCAGUUUGUGUAUGUGGAUCCGGACGCGGAGGAGGGCGACGAGCCGCUCAUGAUGCUGCCGACGGAUAUCGCGCUCAAGACGGACCCGGCGUUCCGCGUGUGGGUGGAGAAGUACGCCGCCGACAAGGACCUGUUCUUUGAUCAUUUCGCCAAGGCCUUUGCCAAGUUGAUGGAGCUGGGAAUCAAGCGUGAUGAGAACGACCGUGUCAUCAACGCCGAUAACGUCAAGGGCGGGUACAUCUCUGCGCCGAAGAAGAGCAAUCACCCCACUGGGCCGACCAAGGGGGCUCAGGGUGGAUGUCCUGUGGCAGCGUCGCAGGGCGGAUGCCCUCGGGCUAAGCUGUAA